AUGCGAACCCAAUUAUCUCGCAAUAUUCUUUUGCCCCUCAGAGACCAGACCAUCCCUAUCCGACUUGUGCCGAGAUUUUGCUCCUCCCGAUUUUUGUCCUCAACGCGCAAGCCUCCCCAUUCGAAGACAAGCACCAAGGCUCUUCUAGCUGCGCCGACCAUCCCAUUUUUCGGUGCCUUCUUCAGCUCCAACAAAAACCCCGAGAAAGCAACCGAAGCCAUGUCAACCCCCGACCAGAGAAGUGAAGACGAGUGGAGAGCUGUUUUGAACCCAGAACAAUUCCGCAUUCUCCGUGAAAAGGGCACUGAGCGCGCUGGCUCCGGUGAAUAUGAUUCCCACUACCCGUCGAAAGGCGUCUACAAUUGCGCUGGUUGCGAUGCGCCGCUGUACACUGCCGACCACAAGUUCAAAUCUGGCUGUGGCUGGCCCGCAUACUUUGAUUCCAUCCCUGGUGCUGUGACUAGACACGUUGACAGCACGUUUGGCAUGAAGCGGACAGAGAUCGUAUGCACCAAUUGUGGGGGUCACCUCGGCCAUGUAUUCGAGGGUGAGGGGUAUCAGACUCCCACGGACGAGCGUCAUUGUGUGAAUAGUGUCAGUCUGCGGUUUACAGAAGAUGCUAGCGCUGCCAAGAAACCUCAGUCGAAAGCUUGA